CCGGUUUGCGGGGGAAACCCCAGGCCGCUGACCAAUCAGCACCCGAUCCAUGCAAUUGACCGCACAUAAAAAGGGAGACUCCUGGACCCAACAGGCUACCUCAGCUCCCAAAAGCCACCGGCAGAAGGGAUAGAUCUGAGGCUAUGAAGAUGGAGAACUCUUUCUGGAGAGUCCUGCUCUUGGUUGGGGCAGCUGCCGCAACCACUGUCUUGCCUCCUGCGAAGGAACCGUUGAGCUAUGAGGAUGCCGCGGCGCUCGCUGUCGACCUGUACAACCAAAAAGCAGACGAAGACUUCACCUAUCGGCUUCUGAAAGCCGCCCCUCAGCCAAACUGGGAUGCGAGUUCCGAAAGCCCCCAAGAGCUGAAUUUCACAAUCCAAGAAACCGAGUGCUUGGCGGAGGAGGAACGCCCCAUGAAGGAAUGCAGCUUCAGAGACGGAGGGGUGGUCAAGGAAUGCUCCGGCUUUUACUUCCUGGCUGAGAAUCCACCUGUGGCCAUUGUCACCUGUGAAGCCGUAGAGGACGAGCCUGAGCCCAAACGGGUGAAGCGGUCUUGGCUGAAGAAGAAGUUUAAGAAGAUCAAGAAGGGUGUCAAGAAGGGUUUCCGCAAAAUCUUCAAGGGCAAGGGAAUAAUGGUGGGAGGGACUGUCCGGUCAGUGCGCCCCAGUCCAGUCAGGCUGGCAGAGGCUGAUGGGAGUUUUGAUAGCUCAAAACAGGUGGGAGCUCAGCCACUGAAGCCCAAGGAGGUACCAAAGCAAGGAUACUUUGAAGAGACAGAGAAGAAGAUGGAGAAGAAGAUGGAGAGAUGCAAGCUGUUUCUGCUGCUCAUCACGGUGGUCGCGGCAGCCCCCACAACCCGCACCCCUGUCAGCUACGAGCAGGUGGUGGCAGCGGCCGUGGACACCUACAACCAGGAGCAAAACCCGGAAUUUGCCUUCCGACUGCUGGAAGCCGAGCCGCAGCCUGAUUGGGAUGCUUCUGGUGAAACUACCCAGCCUAUAAAAUUCUCUAUCAAGGAGACGAUUUGCCCCACAUCAGAGAAGAAAAAUGUCUCCCAGUGUGAAUACAAAGAGGAUGGGCUGGACAAAGACUGCUCUGGCUUCUAUUCGACCCAGCAAAGUCCGCCUUUAAUUAUCGUGCAAUGUGAGGAUGUGGAUCAAGAGCUGAGUCGUAUAACAAGGGGACGCUGGAGAAGGUUCUGGAGAGGAGCCAAAAGAUUUGUGAAGAGACACGGCGUGAGGAUUGCCUUAGCAGCGCUUCGGUUUGGAUAGAGAACUCCGGAAGAAAAGGAAGUUUAAAUGAUCCCCGUCCCAAGGUGCUCUCUGCACCAGCCUCACGUUAAAGGGAUCUAGAAGUUCUGCUUUGCUUUUUACACUGUUUGUCUUUCACUUCUUCCAGCCCAGAUAACUUCUACAAGGCUGCAGUGUAUAAUGAUAAAAUGGCCUGCAAAAAUAAAAAUAAAAACCUUCUUUGCUCCAAAA